UCGAUCUGUGAAGUCGUGUACAAUAUUUUUUCUUCCCAUAUCAAUCUCAUAAGUGAUUUUUUGGAUAAAACAUUUAAACUAAACCUCUUUUUUCUUGAUCCUCAAACAAAAAAAUGUCUCCAACACGCUGGAAUAGAAAACGUCUUACUAUUAUCGGUAUCAGUCUUUUAGUAAUUUACAUCCUCUUUACAAGCGGUUAUCAUAAUUAUCAAAUCGACACUCUUAUCCAUGAUUCCAGACCGGAAUACGUAUGGGAAUACGUUGCCGAUUUUAGAAAUAUGCGAUCGCUUAAUCCCACAAUACUGGAUUUCGAGAUCACUUCGGAUGAGGGUAAUAGUGGUCAUUGGAAAUAUUCAGUUGAAUAUCACGAGAAUCUUUCUCAUUGGCCAUAUUGGAAGAGUGUUGCUUAUGGUGAUUACUCUGUUAUCAAACCACUGCCUGGACAUGGUGAUGCAUACUUGAUUAAGUCCAAUCACAAAACAUGUUUCUUUGGAGGCUUAUAUUGUUUGCGAUCCGAGAGUGAAUUCAAAUUUAGCGCCCUGGGCAAAGACACUUAUUGUGUGGAGAAAGUAACCUUCCAGUGUCCACCAUUCCUGAGUUCGGUUUGUCGGCGUGAACUCGAAUUUCAACGAAAAGCAGUUAUGAAUAAUUUGUCAAUUUUCUUCACCAAGUCUAGGUCAAACUAAAAUUAUAAAAUUAAUAAACUUCAUCAAAAUAAUGAACUGAAAAC